CGCCUCUUUGAGAGAGGGUUAUCCCGUCCCUCUCUGCCUACCUGCCGCGGCAACCUGUUACUCUCUACAUACUCUUCCCACUACCCGUCGCGCUCAGUCACGCAUUUGUCGCGGAUUCGCUCGAGUGCCCUCACAGCAAACGAGCAUUCUGUCUCCAUCACGACUGUCCACCUCGUCGUGUCGGUCCACUGAACCCGUAUCCUCUGCUAUUAUUAGCCGCCUAACAGAUAUUGCCUCGCACAUCGCUAUGAAAAGUUGGGUAGUAACAUAAUUGCUUGUUCAUUGCUUUUUCCGUCCCGAGUAGACACUAAACUCUCGUUCCGUUCGCUUUCAAACCCGGUCUACCCUGGAUCUACUACACAUCAUGAGUACGCCGAAACCUAUCUACCCGCUCAGUGGGCACUGCUCCAUCAUCUACCAAAACACCCUCUACGUUUACUCACCAGCCGGAUUUCAAUCGCUAAAGCUUGAAGAGGGGGCAAAAUGGCAGACGUUGCCCAUGGACAUAUCCCUUACCGGCGCGCAAUGUGUCAAGGCAGUGCCUCAGGGCAACACGCAAGAUGCAAAGCUGUUUAUUGUUGGAGGACGAGUCAAUGCGACGGCUUCGACCUGGAAUUAUCCUGGUCUGAUGCACUACACUUUCUCCAAGAAGAAGUGGGACUGGCAACGUUCGGAGAGCUGGAACACGCAGAACCGCGUUAACCACGGCGUUGCAUACCUCCAAGACUCACAAAAGAUUCUCAUCUACGCUGGAUCCCAGGUCGAAGGUGACAAUGGUCCAUCUUCUGAAGGUUUCCUGUUUUCCACCGUGGCGCCCUACUCGGUCUCAAGUUUGCCAUCGGCUGGUGCACCGCCUUCCGUAAACCCCAUGCUCAUGGAGUCGGACGCGAAGACCGUAAUGAUGGUGGGAGGAGGUGCGACAAACAAAGCCGUCUGGAAGUUCACCGAAUCCUUAGGAUGGCAAAACCUCGGCGUCGACCUAGAACAACCCAUCGCCAACCAGGGCACAACCAAAUGCACCGUCAUCUCCCGUACCGACGGAAGCGUCGCUUUGCAAAAGUUCGACAUGGGUGCCAAACCAAACACUGUGCAACGAAUACUACUGUUAGGCAAGGGCGGCUCACCGGCAAACCCGGGGACCAAAGUUGGAGGCAAGUCAAAACGUGUAACUCUCAACGACUGGUCCCCGUACAACGAAACAUACGCACCUACGACAACACGAUCAGGAUACUCUUUAGCGCAAGGAACUGACGGUACUACUGUUGCAACUGGAGGCGACCCUGCUGCACCGAUUGUCCUGUUCAAUGCCCAAGAGAACUCCUGGAUGAAUGCGUCUGCGGUAUUCAAUGGGCAGCAGGUGCUUGCCAAUUCCAUCUCAUCAUCAAGUAGCGCUACUCCAACACCAACCUUAUCCGCAACGUCCUUGUCGGUCAUGUCCUCGGCCAGCCCCACCAGUACAGAAGCUGCCGCGUCACCUGCGGAGCCUCCAAGCAACAAGGGACGCAUGUUGACCGUGCUUGGGGCCACACUCGGAACCAUUUUCGGCAUUGCGGCGAUCCUCAUCUUGAUCUUGCUGUGUCUCAGGUACAGAAAGAAUAAGAACAAGAAGGCUAACUAUAUGGAAAAGAACAAUGACCGUAUGAGCUUCGCGGACCGAGGUGCAGCCUUUAUGAAGGAGGCUGGUGGAUCGGUAGUGGCUUACCAAUCUAAGAAUGAGUCGACCACAUCGCUCGCCAUCAUCCAGGGGCGAGGCGGUGGCCACAAGAAGAACAUUGCAAGCGAUGCUAGCACUGCCGGCCUUGUCAAGAAGACUAGCCCAUUGGGCUACUCAGAGCAGUACUCUGAACCGUACGAGCUCGCCAAGUUUGACCUGAAGCCGGAGCCUGCUGAGACCAUGGUUCGUCAGAAUUCUAGCAGGCAACCCAAGCCUGCACCAAGAGCUCGCAGCUCGGGUUGGAGUCGAUACUUUGCGAACAACGAGGCUACAAACCUCGCCAGUGCUCCUCCUGCUGAUCGCUCGACGUUUGCGUCGGAUAGGACAAGUACAGGCAGCCAGUCACAGUACACCAACUCGCGCAUGUUCAGUUCACGUCCAUCGCAACAGAUUGCUCCAUUGCAGAUACCCAAGUUCAAUGAUGAGCACCGCCUGAGCAGCGUUGCUAGCGGCAGUCCGACGCUUGGCACGCCCACCACUGUUAUGCCUCACCAGAUUCAGCCUAUGCAGGCAGAACUCGCCCGUGCCAACUCGACCGCCAGCUCAGUGUCAGCACUCAGCCACGACGCCCCGCACUACGCUCGCAACCCGGUAGACAGUUGGACUCCAGUGGGCGAUAACCGACGGACCAGCAGUCAAUAUACCAGCAGUGUGAUUAUGGAUCAUGGAAAGUUCGAUGGUACCAGCUCAUAUUAUCCCGACGGCACCGAAUCGUUUUACCCCAAGAGCAACUUUAGCUCCUUCUACCCUGGGCAAGGAACUACGCCGGUUAUCCCUGAUACGCGAGACAGCACGGUGACAAUGUUCCCAUCUGGCAGCGCGCCUCCCGCAUCGACUGGAGCAAUGCCAAAGAGCCAGUUUAGCUCCAUGUACCCUGCCCCACCGCAGCUUGGUCUCUCGCAUGAGCGUGAGAGCGUUGCGACACUCUUCCCAGGCGGCACAGUUCCUGCUCCAGGAGCUCAGCACGAUGCAGCAUUGCCUAGCCCCAAGUUCAACUCCUUUUACCCACCACCCCGAGAUGGACACGAGAGCACCGUCACCAUGUUCCCCGGUCCUGCAUCUGGCCAAAAUGACGCGAAAAAAGAGCAAUCCGACAUGUCAUGGCUGAACCUUGGCCAAAGUCGAUAAAGCUCUUCCCGCCGUCCGUUUUAUCCGCGUAUCCUUAUAUCGAUAAUGAGCCCAUGCUCGACGCCCUCAACCAUUCGCCCACCUAUACAUGUUUUCCUCGCUCUCCUAUCGGAAACUAGCGUUUCCCGCGAACCGAUCCGUGCCGUUCCCUGUACAAAGCAGUCAACCUUUCUUUCUGGAGCAUCAUCGCAUUCUCAGCGCCGGGCGUCUCUUUCCCAUUUACUGCAGAAACACGUAUUAUUCGUAUAUCCCUCAUCGCGGAGGUCUCGGCCCUCUCUGCAUUCAGUCGCUACAUAUACCCGACGCCAAACCCACCACGGCGCGUCAUCCAAAUCUCCUCACCGCCAACCUGUCAACAAUCCCUCCCGACUUUGAGGGCUCCUGUGUAUAUAUACAUACCAGCCACUUUCAUUUCUAUACACUCUUUCCUUCUCUUAGUGUCGUGUCGAUAUCUCUUUGUAUUUGGUCUGUGUCCAACCAAC